AUGGCCCAAUACUAUCCACAACAGCAGGGCUACACACCUCAGGGCUCCGCACCACAGAAUCUCCAGUUCUUCCCCUCGUCCUACUCCUCGGUUUCCGGUCACACAACCCCCUCACAGGCAUCCUAUGGCGCCGGCUUUGGCGGAGCUCCCAAUCCCUCCACGCAGGCUUACCCUGCCGGUAGUGGGUAUGGGGGCUUCGGUUCGCAGGCCGCUGGCGUCAGUGGACGGAUGGGCGAACAGGGCGGCCUGAGGACAGGCUGGUUGGCUGCAUUUGGGACGGAGGGGUAUGAUGGUGAACCACCGCUGCUUGAGGAGCUAGGUGUUAACUUUGAACAUAUCCGGACCAAGACUCUGACUGUUCUAAAUCCUUUCGCCUCUAUCGAUAACCACCUUAUGGACGAUAGCGAUCUAUAUGGAGCUCUGCUCUACAUUGUCUUGUACGGCACUUUCCUCCUCCUCUCAGGCAAGGUGUUUUACGGCUAUAUCUACGGUGUCGCCGUUUUCGGAACCGUUGCUUUGCAUCUGAUCCUCAGCCUCAUGUCCCCCGCUCUCGACACUGUCCCAACUCCCAACGCUGCCGACCCUACCAACUACAACCCCCACCACAAACCCUCCAUGUCUGGUGCCUCGGCCGCGGGCCAUUUCUCUGCUACUUUGACCUUCCCACGCUCCGCUAGCGUGUUGGGCUACUGCUUCCUCCCUUUGGUGCUUACCAGUCUCAUUGGUAUUAUGAUUCCCAUGGACACCAUGUUUGGUUAUCUCCUGACCAUUGCCGCUGUUGGCUGGUGCACAUACAGUUCGUCAGGGAUGUUCUGUGCUGUUGCGCGCAUGAGUGGCAUGAGGGGUCUGGUGGCAUAUCCGUUGGCUUUGUUCUAUGUUGUUUUUGGAAUUAUGGGUAUCUUCUCUUCGCGCGGCACCGGCUCGCUGGCUGCAAAGACAGGUGCGGCUUGA